CACCCAUCAUCGGGGUUUUGAACCGUGAUCCUGAGAUGUCGAUGCCCCAGAUUGGAGGUUUAUUUUUAUUUUUGACGGUAUCAUGGUAUGGUCGAGUUGAUAUGAGGUUAGAAAAGGAUCCGGUCUGUGCUCGCCAAGAUGGUCAAGCUCUCUCGGUUCUUCAAUGGUGGACUCCACGCGCGAGGCUCCCAGGCUGGCCGCGGCGAUCAGCGCAGAGCCUCACUUACUAAGGAACCCCAAAAACCACCAGAAGAGUCAGAGACAGGUAUCAAAGAUCGAAUGGUGGAAAAUACCAGGAGUCUCUUGAUCGUCAGGCACCGCAGCGUGGGUUUCUGAGAAGGCAGGAAUUUCGGCAUCCUUCAGUCCCCUCCCUCAUAUUACCCCCAAAUAGUCUUUUGCUCAGUGACCAACGAGGGUUUUUCCAGACCGGCGCUAACACGUCGAGUCAGCCCGGUAAGGAGCACAAGGCCCUCGCAGCAGCACACCCAAGGAAUUCCAUCUGCUUUUGGCAUGGUGUUGCGUUCAAACCGGGGUCACGGCUGCUGUCCCCGCACAUAUGCAGAACCCAACAUCUUCUUGGCAGGGGCUCCUGCUGUUUUGGGGCACAUUAUUGAAUCGAACAAGUAAGAACCUGCCAGUGAAAAGCAGGUACACGAUAUGCCCGCAUCUUGGGGGCAACAGGAUCAUCCUGCUCUUCUCAUCCGUCAACGAUGGUGACCAGGCUCUGAGGGCAUAAUUAUGGCUCUCCAGUAUUGUAUCACCGCACCGAGGGCGGACGUCCACGGUGUAUCUCUGACAGCGCGCGCCUGGGAUCGGGGUAGGGUUGCCAUGCAUGUGCUCAUUUCCCACCCACACACUAUUCCUUGGACCCGUCCUCACACGCGGAGGCCGACCCCGACAACUGGCUGAGAGCGCCAGAUCUGAACCGAGCGUUGGGUGACGGAAGGUUGAUGCAGAAGGAAUCCCACGAUCCUGGAGCCAUGCCGAGUUGGGAAGCAGGAGGCAUCAAAAAGGGCGCGCCGCCCACUUUGGGCGAAAGUUCUCGCCCUUCACGUCUCUUGGUCCUCUCCAAGUCAACUCUCGACGGCGGCGUGCUCUUUCAGCCGUGCAAACAUCUUGUUUGCGUCCUUUCGUUGUGCUAUCGCAGCACCAUCCACUCAUUACUACUACGGUCAUCGUUGACCAGACGCUCUUUUUGUUUACACACAUACCCCGUGUUAUUAAUAUUCCGUCAACCUCCAUAAUGUUCACCAAGACUCUCGUCGUUGCCGCCCUGGCCGCGGCUCCCGCUUUUGCUGCUCCCGAAGUCAAUGUCUACUGGGGUCAGACCGCCGGCUCAAGGCUUUCCACCUUCUGUGAUGCUUCUGGAUUCGACUAUGUUACCGUUGGUUUCCUCAACAAGUCCCCCUCCCAGGACCCCUCGGGAGCCAACUGGCCGGGUACCAACUUUGGAAGCCACUGUGAUGGAGUGUACUACAAGUACAACGGUGCCAACACCAACGUCCAGUCCGACUGCGGAAAGAUCGCUGCCGACAUCAGAUACUGUCAAAAGAAGGGCAAGAAGGUCCUUCUCUCCAUUGGUGGAGAGUGGAAGACGACCGCCAACUACGACCUCAGCAACGAAGCCGAAGGACGUCGCUUUGCCUUGUUCGUGUGGCAAGCCUUCGGUCCUCGCAUCGCCGGCUCCAUCGUCCCAAGACCGUUUGAUGAUUACUACCUCAAUGCCGAAGCGGGUGAGGAGAACUUCGUCUUUGAUGGGUUUGACUUCGAUAUCGAGAAGAGCUACGACGCAAACCAGUCAAAGGGCUAUAUCGCCAUGAUUAGCAGUCUGCGCCAGUUCAUGGCGACACCACAACUCAACCCAAACAACCGCCAGUUCCUGAUUACCGCCGCUCCCGAAUGCCCUCUGAACGAUCCGUAUUACAAGAUGAAGCACAUCAUCAAGAACAGCAAGUUUGACCUUUUGUUCGUCCAGUUUUACAACAACCCAGGAUGCCAUGGCGUCACCAACAACAACUUUGACACUUGGGCCUCGCAUCUCCAAUCGACCGCCAGCAGUGGUGCAAAGAUUUUCAUUGGAUUGCCUGGAAGUACCAAUGCUGUUCAAAACGGUGAGGCGAGUGGCUACCUCACGCCCACCAACCUCCGAACUGUCAUCAACAAGUUCAAGGGCAGGGCUGCAUUUGGUGGUGUCAUGAUCUAUGAUGCCACCUAUGGCGCGAGCAACAUCGUUUCAGGCUCCAGCCCAGCUGGAUUGAACUACUACCAGUAUGCUCGAAGCCUUUUGGGUGGCUACACCCACACCGUCACGCCCCCGGCUCCCACACCGACCGCUUGCGUGCGUGAGUAUAGUAUCAAGUCUGGUGACUACUGUUAUCAGAUUGCUGCCCGUGCCGGUAUUGAUCUCAGCGAUCUCAAUGCCUUCAAUCCUGGUCUCAACUGCAACAUCCUCGGACUUGGGCAGAAACUUUGCAUCAAGCGUGGUAUCCCCAAGCCUGCCAGCUCCAGCUCCAGCUCCACCAUCUUGAGCACCACUUCUUCCACCACUGUGAGCAGCACCACUGUCAGCACUACCGUCUCCUCCACCGAGACCAGCACUACUACCGUCUCCUCUACCGAGACCAGCGCCACCUCUACCGAGUCCAGCACCAUCUCUACCGAGUCCAGCACCAUCUCUACCGAGUCCAGCACCAUCUCUACCGAGUCCAGCACCAUCUCUACCGAGUCUGCCACUGAGUCUGCCACUGCCAGCGAGACCGUCACCGAGACUGAGACCAUCACUGCCAACGAGCCUGACAUCACCACCUCAACCGUUGAAACCUCUGAGCCUACUGGCAUCACCUACACUGAGGAUUUUACCAGUACUGAGACUGAGAGUGUGACCGUGACCGAUAUCAUGCCGACCACCACAAGCACCAUCUCUACCGAGUCCAGCACCGCUGAGUCUGCCACCGAGUCCGCCACUGUCACCGAGACUGAGACCAUUACCACCAGCCCUACUCUCACCGAGUCUGCCACUGCCACCGAGACUGCCAGCGAGACUGAGAGCUAUUGCGAGGAUGACGAGACCACCACCAGCGAGACUGCCACUGCCACCGAGACUGCGAGUGGAACAGAGACCGUCACUGCGACCGGGUCUGCUACCGAGUCUGCUACUGCCAGCGAAGCCGAGACCAUCACCGCCAGUGCUACUCUGACCGCUAGCGAGACUGAGGUUACUACUGUUAGCGAGACUGCCACUGAGACUGAAAGCUACUGCGAGGAUGAUGAGACCACCGAGACUGCCACUGCCACCGCUAGCGAGACCGAGUCUGCUGUUGUCAGUGGGACUGAGACCGCCACCGCCAGCGAGACUGAGGCCGUCACCGAGACCGCCACCGCCAGCGAGACUGAGGCCGUCACCGAGACCGCUACCGCCAGCGAGACCGAAUCUGUCAUCGAGACCGCUACCGCCAGCGAGACUGAGGCCGUCACUGAGACCGCUACCGCCAGCGAGACUGAGUCUGCGAUUGAGACCGUUACAGCCAGCGAAACCGGCUCUGUUAUUGCCAGCGAGACAGAGUCUAGCAUCGAGAGCGCUACCGCUAGCGAGACCGGGUCUGUUAUUGCUAGCGAGACAGAGACUCUUCCCGCCAGCGAGACCACCACUGACGGCCCCGUCAUCACACCCUCGGAGAGCUUCACCACCUCCACCAUCUACUCCACCACCACCUUCACCGUGACCUCGUGCGAGCCCUCUGUCACCUCCUGCCCCGGCCGCGUCGUGACCAAGACCAUCGCCAUCGGCACCACCGUCUGCCCCGUCACCACGACCGACGCUCCCGUCAUCACCUCUUCCUCCUCCCUGCCCGCGGGUUACACCACCUCAACCAUCUACUCCACCAAGACCCUCACCCUCACCUCGUGUGCUCCCACCGUGACGAACUGCCCGGCGGGUAGCACCACCACUGUCGUCGUCCCAAUCGGAACAACUGUCUGCCCUAUCUCCGAGGCGGAGGCCACUUCCACUCCUCUCCCCGCUGUUCCAGGCGUGGAGACUAGCUCCAAGCCAGCAAUCAAGGUUAUUACUGAUGUCCCUGCUGAGGAGGAGACGACGACCUCCACCACGACCUUCGUCCAGCAGUUGACUACCAUCAUCACUGUGCCCAAGCCUGAUGUCACUGCUACUUCCAAGCCUGCCGGUGGUGACGAGGGAGUUGUUGUCAAGCCUACGCCCUCGGGUGGAUUCCCUUACAGCAGUGGGUAUGUCAAGCCUAUUGCUUCAGCUACGCAGCAGCCCGUGACUGCUGGGGCGGGGAGGAAUGGGGUUGUUCUGGGAGGUGUUAUUGCUGCUGCCCUUGUCUUGGCUUUUUAA